AUGUCCGAGCUGCACCACCGCCACUUUGCGCACCCCGAACCCGCGGUCGAGGAGCGCGGCGCCGCGCCGUUCCCCGAGGUGCCCGAGACGGACGUCACGCACGAGAAGGACGUCGUGGUGAGCGAAAAGCCCAAGGGGAGCGAGUACGUCGACGCGAGCGUGCUCGACCCGAACGCCGACUCGUCGCGCGAGGCGUCAAACGAAAAGCUCGCGCAUGAGCCUGUCGAGACAGAACACAUCAUCAAGACUGGCGCCGAUGCCGCCAACUACCUCCUCUCGAUCCGCGACGACCAUGACCAGGCGCUCACCGUGCGCUCGAUGGUGCUCGGCACGGCGGUCGCCGCGUUCCAGGCGACCAUGAACCAGAUCUACCUUUUUAAACCCACCAACGUCACCAUCUCCGGCACGUUCAUCGUCCUCAUCAUCUGGUUCCUCGGUCGGCUGUGGGCGUUCGCCCUGCCCCGCGGUGACCGUCUGCUGGCGAAGCGCGGACCCGACGCGCCACGCCCGUGGUGGGUCUCGGCGCUGGUCCUCCUCAACCCCGGUCCCUUCACACUCAAGGAGCACGCCGUGGCGGCGAUUACUGCGUCGUCGGCCUCCAACGGUGCGGCUUCCAUCUCCGUCUUCACCGUCCAGAAGCUGUUCUACAACACGGGCCUGAACGCUGCGACGGUCAUCCUCUCGACGUUGUCCAUCGGCCUGUUCGGCUACGGCCUGACGGGCAUCUUGCGGCCCAUGACGGUGUGGCACGUCGAGUCGGUGUACUGGACCAACAUCCCGCUCGUGAAGAUCCUGCAGGCGCUGCACUGGGACGACCUGCACGACUCGAAGCCGCUCCGCUGGUUCUGGUACUGCUUCUCCGGCAUGACAGUGUACGAGUUCCUCCCGGCGUACAUCAUGCCGUGGCUUAACUCGGUCUCGGUGCCGUGCCUCGCCGCGAUGCACACCAAGGGCAGCCGGGGCGCGAUCCUCAACAACAUCUUCGGCGGGUCGCUCAACAACCAAGGUCUCGGCAUCCUCAACUACUCGUUCGACUGGCAAUACCUCACGAGCACGGCCGCGUCGAUGCCGCUCAAGCUCCAGGCCAACUUCGCCGCGGGUAUCGUCAUCUGCUACAUCGCCAUGAUCGCAGUGUACUACGGCAACGCUUGGGGCGCAAAGGCGCAGCCCUUCAUGUCGACGAGCUUGCGUACCGCCGCGGGCGGGCGAUACAACUCGAGCGCAGUGUUCAUCAACGGUAUUCUCGACGAGGCCAAGCUCGAGAGCGUAGGCCUCCCCCAGCUCGCCGGCACGUACACGUGGGCGCUGAUGAUUGGCAACGCGGCGAUCGGCGCGCUCAUCGGCCACAUCAUCCUCUUCUGGGGCAAGGAUAUCGUCGAGACGGUCAAGAAGCUGCGCAAGAACGAGAUCGACGACCGCCACCACAGGAUCAUGAUGGAAAACUACAAGGAGGCCCCGUGGUGGUGGUACAUCACCAUCCUGAUCGGCGCGUUCGUCCUCGGCAUCAUCGUCGUGACAGUGGAGCACCUCACUCUCCCAGUCUGGGGGUACAUUGUCGCGCUCCUCCUCGGCGCGUUCAUCUCGCCGUUUUCGACAAUCCUGUACGCGCGCUUCGGAAACGGCAUCGCGACCAACGCCCUCAUGAAGAUGGUCGCCGGUGUCGCGCACCCCGGCCGCCCGAUCGCCAAUCUCUACUUCUCCGCCUGGUCCCACUCGGUCAUCUCGCAGUCGCUCAACCUCGCCUCAGACCUCAAGAUGGGAGAGUACCUCAAGAUCCCGCCCCGUGUCAUGUUCCUCACGCAGGUGUGGGGCACCAUCUUCGGCGCGUUCAUCAAUUAUGUGGUUAUGAUCUCCGUCGUCAACCAGCACCGCAACCUCCUCGUCAACUCGGACGGUAACUCCGCCUGGUCGGGCCAGUACUUCCAGAGCCUGGACAACCAGGCAACGACGUGGGCACUGGCAAAGUAUCUGUAUUCCGCAGGCAAGCCGUACGUCCUGGUCCCUGCUGGUUUGGGUAUCGGCUUCGGCAUCUGUGUCCUCCACUGGGUGAUCGUCAAGAUUCGCCCCGCGAUCGGCCGCUUCGACCUCCGCGAGCUCAACACCCCGCAGCUCCUCGUCUACUCGGGAUACCUCGGCUACAACCAGACCCAGACGUGUAUCAUCUGGUCGACGCUCACCAUCGGCUUCUUCUUCCAGUACUACCUCCGCAACUACCACCCAAGGUUCUUCAAGGACUACUCGUACCUCGUCAUGGCCGGCUUUGACGGUGGUUCGCUGCUGGUGCUGUUCAUUCUCUCGUUCGCCGUGUUCGGUGCCGGAGGACCUCAGAAGCCGUUCCCCAACUGGUGGGGCAACCCAGCCGACGGCUACCCCGACCACUGUCCUUCGACCUAG